CGUGGGCAUGAUCAGGACCCAACUCCUCCCCCGGCUGAGCUCCUGGGGCCCACGAACUACGGACUACGGAGGUCCGCGCUCCUAGGAGCGCGAGAUGGCAUUCGUGAGGUCCCCGGCAGAGACCUUAUGGAGGAGCUGCAACUUGCUCAUGGCCGCGUUCUUCGCGCUGGCGGCCUACGUGCAGAUAAAUGACCCAGAUGCAGAACUGUGGAUGGUUAUAUACAUGAUACCUGCUAUCCUUACUCUGCUUGUUGGACUUAACCCUCUGAUCACAGGUAAUUUUAUCUGGAAGAACCUUACCAAGUUGCACUUAUUCCUUUGUGCUCUGGGGACUGUUAAGUUGGGCUUCUACCUCUUCCUUCAUACAGAAAGGAACAUCUUACAUGAGGAAGAAGGCAGGGAGCUGUUUGGACUUGGGAUUAUUAUAGUAUGGCUGAGUCUUUGCCACAUCUCAACAAAAAAUCCAGUUGGUAGAAGGGUUCUACUGGUUGUUGCCAUGGCUAUUUCUCUUUGCCCAUUUAUCACAUGGUUCUACAUAUAUAUUAACAAAGACAUGCGAAACACUUGGCCAACACAUUGCAAGACAGUCAUUUAAAUAAAUUUUAUCAUCCUUUUCAUAAAA